AUGGCUGCUCAUUCACUUGUUGAUGAUUUACUCCGAAGUCGUGGCUUGAAUGCAGAAGAUGAGACGAAAUAUUUACGUUCUUGGGAACAAAUUCCAAUCGUUCGCGAGCUACGAAGCAAACGGUUGAGGCGAAUGAGCAGCAGUGACUCUGGCUUAUCAAUUGAUGGCGCUGAGGACGCGCAAACUUUGAUCAGCGAAAGAUUGGUGAAGCUUGACGCAGAAGAAGCUGUUGUUAAAGUGAUGGCUGAGAAGUUGCGAGUGAAGAAGAAAAAGAUUUCAAUGCAAAAAUCGAAAUCGAUGAGGAAACGAGGCUCUGAUGACAGUGAGGAGGUUGUCGACGAGAAAGUCGAAUCAGAGAAAGAAGAGGAGGAAGAGGAAGAGGAAGAAGAGCAGUCAGUGAUUGGACAAACACCCCAACAACCGGAGAAACAACAGCAACGCACGGUAAAAGUCGAGGAGCCAAAGGAAAUGACCGAAGCUGAGGCAGCGAUGCUGUCGGCAAAACGCCGUCACGAGAAAGAGGCCGAGGCGCAAUUGCAAGAUUACGAAGAAAAGAGGAAAGUCGAUAAAGCUAAGGAAAUGGAGGAGUUGAGGCUUUUAAAAGAGAAAUGCGAGCGUCGACGUUCCGAGAGAAAAGAAGAAGAAGAGGCAUUUAAUGAAAGGAGAAGAGUCAUUGAGGAGAAUCAUCGGAAACAAGAGGAAGAGCGCAAGACCAACAUCGAAGCCGAAAGAAAACGCCGUGAGGAGGAGCGCCGAAAGAAACAACAAAGUAUGGCCGGUGGGGGAUUUCUGGGAAUGGAUGGGCUCGAGAAUGGGCAGGAUUCGAAUAAGAAGAGAAAUUUUGUGAUCCCUUCAAAAAGCGAACGUCGCGGAUCAACGCUUGGAAUCGCCGGGAAAAAGGAUACGAUCGAUUUGGAGGAAAAGGAGAAAGCUAAAAAGGCUUAUUUGGCGGCAAUUUUGCGCGAAUGCGAUCCCGGGAAUUUGCUGGUGAACGAUUUAAAGGCAAAAAUCAAACAACUACAUGCAAGAGUCGUGCGCCUCGAGGCUGAGAAGUACGAUCUCGAGCGUCGCCAAGAACGCCAAGAAUAUGAUUUAAAAGAGCUCGCCGAGCGUCAAAAGCAACAAACCCGGAAUAAAGCCCUCCGAAUGGGAUUGAACCCGGAUGAAGAGAGCGAUUUAUCACAUCCGCCAAAAGUGAAUGUCGCAUCGAAACACGACCGACAAACCGAUCAUCGCUCCUACGGGGAUCGUCGUCAUCUCUUUGAGAGCCCAUUUCGGCCACGCAAAGCAAGAUUGGUGCACGGAAGUGGACGCCCGCCGGCCGAUUGGGGAAGAAAGAACACCGAAGAGUUGGAGAAUUUGCGUAAACACGUGGAAGGAGCAGCCCAUCAUCGAUACGUGGAACAGUCAAAAGUCGAAUCGUCACUUCCGAUGGAUCCGAUCCCAUUGCAAGUUCCCGAUGAGAAUGAGAACGAUUCUCCAAAUGAUGCAGAAGAGAUUGAAGCU